AUGGCGAGAUGGGCUGGGAGCUGGGGAAGGGGUCGUGACUCAUUCGCUGUGGGGUGUGGAAGGGUGCGUGGUGGUGGUGCGGCUUUGGAGCAGAGUGUUUGGCGCACAGCCAGGGCAGCGCGUGCAGGCGGGCAGCAAGGAGUGCAGUGCUGCAGGGGGCGGGUCAGGGGAGCGGGGGAGGCGGGGCAGGGGAGGCGGGGGUUAGGGAGAGAGGGUGCAGGGAUCCUCCUAUCCUCCGUUCCACCCUUAUACCCUACCACACUUUUACCUCCUGCCCUCCUCCCUUACUCCGUUCCGUCGUUCCCCCACAAUCGUCCUCCUCUCCCUCUCCCUUCCUCCCUUCCUCCAUCUCUCUGCCUCACUACCCUCUUUACCCUCUCUGUUGCCCGUCCUCCCUUCCUCCAUCUCUCUGCCUCCCUACCCUCUUUACCCUCUCUGUUGCCCGUCCUCCCUUCCUCCCAUCCUUCUUUCCUGCCAUUCUUCCUCUCCUCAUCCUCCCUCGAUCCAGUCCCCCUUCCCCUUUCCAUCUCCCACUCUCCCACUCCCUUCCUCACGCCAACCCUGCUCCUCCGUUCCACCCUUCUACCUUCCCCCUUGUACCCAGCCGCACUUUUUCCUCUCAUCCGCCCAUCAUCUCAUCCGCCCAUCCUCUCAUCCGCCCAUCAUCUCAUCCGCCCAUCAUCUCAUCCGCCCAUCAUCUCAUCCGCCCAUCCUCUCAUCCGCCCAUCAUCUCAUCCGCCCAUCCUCUCACCGUCGCCCACGCUUCUGCCUUAG